AUGACACGUAUUCGAUUGAAACCAAUAAUUCGAUGCAUUCAUGUAUUUUUUAUCAAACGUCCUGGCUCCAAUCAGCAACACCUAAUACUAAUUAGUAUUGUUAAUGUUCUUCUUUUGCUUAUGCUGUUUGGUUACAUGUCAGUACUUGCCAUUUUCGCCUACGGACGUCCAUUUUGUAUGGAUGCAUUCCAUGUUGGCAUGCUCAUCACAACUCAUGCAAUUAGCGUCUGUGUACUGACUGCGCUUAUCAGUUUGUUCAAAAAGCACACACUCGACAACACCUAUUUGUAUCCCAUCAUCGGUUUGUUUGGUCUUGUAGGUGAUCUUGUUAUCUUCGGAUUAGCCAAACGUACAUGGUUACUCUACAUAGCGGCAUCUAUUGGAAGUUUGUUUUUUAUUACAAUGCCAGUACUACGGUCCAAACUUAGUAGACUCGUAGAGCCGAGCGAAUAUGCCAUUGUGUUCAUCGCUGCAGCCUUCAUUGAAGCAGGUGGUGACAAGGGAAUCGAUGCCGCAUCAAACUCUAUCUAUAAUGCAUCGCUUCAUUUUUGGCCUGGGCUCGUCUUUCUAGUCCUGGCGCUGCUAAGUAUUUUCCCAUUGUUUAUCAUGGGUUAUUUGGCAUAUUCUGAAAAGAAAACAGUACCAAUUACAACACCAUAUAACAAUACGAAAGUUUGA